AUGGUCUUGGAUAGCUGUAAUUGGAGUUUGGUAAUUUCCAAGUUGGAGCAUCUGGAUAUCGGCUCAAAAGAAGUGCAGUGGUUAAUGAGCAACAGAGACAAGUACCGCUUUACCUCUUUGAAACAACUUUACUUGCAGGAUUGGCAGAGUGAUCAUGACGAGACUCUAUACUGCUUCCUCCACACCAUUCCUAAUCUACAAAUCUUUGAAUUGAGAGGUAAUCAUAACAUUAGAGAGUUCGUGCCAAGUGGAAACACCGCACCGAAGCAAAGAUUGGGAACCGUAUUACUUCUUAAGGAAUUAACUUUGAAUGCACAUAAUAUGGAGGAUAUUGGAUUUGAAAGAGAUCCUGCUCUUCAGAGAUCACUGCACCUCUUGGUCUUAAUAGAUUGUCGCAGAUUGAGGAGGUUGGCACAUUCCUCGGUGUCCUUCACUCACUUGACAUACUUGCAAGUGUCGCGGUGUUAUGAAUUGAAAACUCUAAUGACAUGCUCAACAGCAAAGAGCUUGGUUCAACUCACCACCUUGAAGGUACAGUAUUGUCUUCAAUUAAAUGAAAUAGUUACCAAGGAUGAGCAGGAAAAUGACGAGGGGAUUAAAAUUGUCUUUGCCAACUUGAUAACUAUACAACUGACACGACUAAGCAACCUCACAAGUUUCUGUAGCAACUCGAAUUGUGAGUUUUCGGUGCCAUUGUUGGAAAAGUUGACUCUGAAAUAUUGCCCCAAGAUGAAAACGUUCACCGCAAAGCACAUAGCAGCACCCAAGCUACAAAACGUACUUGCCACUGAAAGUGGUGAAAAAGAGAAAGCGUAUUGGAAAGGUGACUUGAAUGCCACCGUUCAAAUGGUGUUUGCAGAUAAGGUUCAUUUGGAGCUUUCCAAUCACUCAGAGCUAAAACAAGUAUGGCAUGACAAAACCUUGGUGCAAGUGAACAGGUUUCAGAAUGUAAAAUCUUUGGUUGUGAAGGGAUGUAGUGAUAUUGUACAUGUAAUUCCAUUUCAUUUGCUUCAUUGCUUUAAGAAUUUGGAAGAUCUGCAAGUAUCCGAUUGCAAUGAAGUGCAGGUCAUCUUUAAUCUGGAUGACAGUAGCAAUAAGGUGACAAAAGCAAUGGGGAUGACUCGUUUGAAAAAAUUAUCUUUAAAGAAUCUACCAAAUUUGGAACAUGUAUGGAAUACAGAUCCUAAAGGAAUUAUUCACCUUCAAACUCUGAAAGAUUUGAAUGUUGAUGGAUGUGAUAGUCUUGAAUAUGUGUUUCUAUCAUCCAUGGCUAAAGAUCUUGUCAUACUGGAAAAUCUUUCAAUAAAAAAUUGUGAACAGUUGGAGUGCCACUGCUCAAAUACUUUUAUCGGGGACUACACAAACUUCAAUUUCCGAAGCUAA